AUUCUCUUGUUGAAUGCUAAGGUGUGGCCGGCACAUCAGUUAGAAUUUUCAUUCCCCCCCUCUUCUUCUCUUUCGCUCUGAGAUUUUGACUUCUCUAUUGAUUAUCUUCACUUCAUGUUCAGAAAAUUGUGGAUUUUCAAGAACGAGAGAAAAGAUAUUAGGAGUCUUGUUUCUUGAAUCCGAAAGAGAAAGAGAGAACUCAAGUUAUAUGAAGAUAGCCCAUUGAGGGUUUAAUUCAAGCGGUCGAUUCAAAACCCUAGAUAUAAGAAACCUGUUUCUUCUCUCUGUUCACCGAAUCAUCCAACUAUAUGGCGACCGACGCCACUCGCAAGUUUACAAAAUCCGAUCUUUUGCCGGUUCCCCAGCCACCCACUUUUCAUCCCCAGAUCCUCGUCACACCGGCGCACGAUGGACUCCACUUCUGGCAAUUCAUGGUCGCCGGUUCUAUUGCCGGAUCCAUCGAACACAUGUCGAUGUUCCCAAUCGACACUAUUAAAACACGUAUGCAAGUUCUAAGUUCUUGCCCGAUUAAAUCCGCUGGAAUUCGGCAGGCACUUGGAUCCAUACUCCAAACCGAAGGCAUAGCUGGCCUUUACCGAGGAAUUGGCGCGAUGGGUCUUGGUGCAGGACCUGCCCACGCAGUGUAUUUCUCAGCCUAUGAGGUUUUCAAGAAGUAUUUUUCAGGUGGAAAUCCCAACAACGCGGUCGCCCACGCUGCAGCUGGAGUCUGCGCUACUGUUGCCAGCGACGCAGUUUUCACUCCUAUGGAUAUGGUGAAGCAGAGGCUACAGUUGAGUAAUAGUCCAUACAAGGGAGUGAUGGAUUGCGUGAAGAGAGUGCUGAGAGAAGAAGGAAUCCGAGCUUUCUAUGCAUCAUAUAGGACAACUGUUCUAAUGAAUGCCCCAUUCACUGCAGUGCAUUUCACAACUUACGAGGCAGCUAAGAGAGGAUUGUCGGAGAUCUCACCUGAGAGUGCUAAUGAUGAGACGUUGAUAGUUCAUGCUACUGCUGGUGCAGCUGCGGGAGCUUUGGCUGCUGCUGUGACCACACCACUGGAUGUUGUGAAAACUCAAUUACAGUGUCAGGGUGUUUGUGGAUGUGAUAGAUUUAGAAACGGAUCAAUAAGUGAUGUAAUUGGUACAAUAGUUAAAAAAGAUGGAUACAGAGGUUUGUUAAGAGGAUGGAUGCCAAGAAUGCUCUUCCAUUCACCUGCUGCAGCCAUCUGUUGGUCAACUUACGAAGCUGGAAAAUCAUUCUUUCAACAACUAAAUGUUGUUGCUGAUGAUGAUGAUCACGGCAGCAGCAGUAAACUAAUACGCUAGAUUGAAUGAUAUAAGUUGAUGACCCGAUUAUACAAAGCUUACAAGAACAUAAGCCAGCCAAUGCCUAUGGUUUGUUGAACAAAAAGUGAACGAAAAUGCAAUUGAGGAGAAUAGAUUGAAGAAGAUAGUGAUGAUGUCUCUUUUGCUCCUUGUAGUGUAGAAGAGAUGUUUCAUUUAUUUGAGUUUUAUACCGGUUUUAGUUUUAGUUCCUUGUUCAAUUGAGCAUAUGUUGGUAUGGAUGAAUUUUCUUUUUCAACUCAUAGUUUCUUAUUAUUUUAUAUGACAUAUAUAUUCAUGUUUUAAUAGGGAUACAUUAUUAUUAGCACAAUAACAAAGUGUUAUCCUACGAAUUUUUCAUUUGCUU